CAAACACGUCAAUCCCCAAUGACGUCACGAACCUAACCUUCUGUUAUGUUAUUUUGCAUAAAAACGUAAGAAAUUAUUUUUUUGUUAUGUGAAAAUGCCAAGUAAUAUAGAAGUUAAGCAUCUGUUUAAAUACAAAAGGCUUCCUGACAAUGAGUUGAAAUUUUUGUGUUUGGUGCUUUACUUACCUGUUGGAUUAGUCCUUUUUAUUUUAAGAACAAUCUUAGCAUUGAGUGUCAUUUUAAUAGGAUGCAGUUUGUCAGACACUCGGAUCAUUCAAAAUGUUGUCAAUAAAGUCGCUUGUUUAACUUUAGGUAUAACUGUAACGGUAGAGAAUCCUGAAAAAAAAGAGAAUGUAGAAGUAUACGUUAGCAAUAACUUGUCGAUUUUCGAUCACUUAGCUGUCCACACGGCGACGGGAUCAGUUUCGCCAGGCGCUCAAAUGCACCCAGCCUUGUCGAAAGGCUUAGGACUUCACUACUUUGGUAGCCAAAGUAAUGCGGAUGCGUUCAAGAAAAACGUGACGGAUUUUUUGGCAGACCAGCAAACGCCUGUACAUUUCAUGCCUGAGGACAAAAUCACCAAUGGCAAAGCACUGCUGAAAUUUAAAACUUACCCUUUUUCUGUGACUAACAGAGUACAACCUAUUUGUAUUAGCAUCGAGAGACCUUUUCUUGACUUGUCGGUUACCACCUUAGGGUCUGGGUAUUGGAUCGAUGUUAUGUUCUACAUGUUUUCACCUUUAACUAACUAUAAACUAAAAUUUUUACCUUCACUGGAGCGGAAAAGCUUGGCAGAGGCGGAAUUUUCAGAAAUCGUGCGCCAAAAUAUCGCCACGACUAUGAAGGUGGAAACUCCCGAGUUGUCGGCUUCUGAUCUUUUGGAGUUCGAGAAGCGACACUUGGUGGAGCGCCAGAGGCCGCCACCGAUGCCUCGCCCCACCAUAGAUAUUGAAAUGCGGAGAAUGGCAACUCAGGUGAAGGAAGUACUGCCACACGUGCCAUUAAACGCGAUCUAUAAGGAUUUGAGCAAAACGAGAAAUGUAGACUCCACCAUUACCAAUAUCUUAGAAGGGCGUGUACUUUUCGUGCCAGAACAAAUUAGUUCUACUUCUGCUAAUCCACAGCCUUCCACUUCAGUGGCGACAGCCACCAAUGUUACACCUUCUACUUCUACAAGUGAUAGGGAAUUGUUCAAUACAGCCGCUUCUACUUUUGCCAAGUCUGCACAAGAGAGGAAUAAAUCGUUCCAAGAGAGGAAAGAACAACUCAUCGCCAACGCUCGAAGGCGUUAUAUCGAGAAACAUAAUUUGAAUAUACCGUUUUAGUGCUGGUUUUUGAUAAAUUGUUUUUACGUAGUCGCUAAGUUCUUCUAUGGCACUCAGUUUUAUGCACUUGAGAAUUUUCAGAUACUUUUUUACUUUAGGUUCAGUUUUGUUGCGGUUUCUUUCUACUUAAAUUGUACAUAACGCCGAGUUGUUAUUUAUUUUUGGUUGCAAUAAAUAUUUUUGAAUGAGUCGAAAA